AUGGUGCAAACUGAUGAAAUCAAAAUGUUUCUUGAGCCCCUUCACAUUCAUAGAAAGAAUUUUAUUUUCUUUGCGCUGAAUGACAAUGAUUCUCCAGACAGGGCAGGAGGCUCACAUUGGAGUCUCCUUGUGUAUUCAAAACCAGAAAGCUGUUUCUUUCAUCUAGACUCAUCAUCAGGAACUAACCACAAUGUAGCUUGGGAAUUUGCUAGUCAUUUAAUAGCAUAUUUCUCAAAAGAAUCAAUAAAUUUUGUAGAUAAGGAAUGUCUGCAACAGAGUAAUGGAUAUGAUUGUGGAGUCCAUGUGAUAUGCAACACUGAGAGACUAGCUGAAUGUGUUCAGGCUGAGAAGCACAUAGGGUCUUGUGACAUGCUGGUCAAAGUUAACCCAGUUACUAAGAGGAGAGAAAUAUUGACAAUAAUCGGAAAUCUGAGUGCUUCCAGUUAA